AUGAUCAGCCAUAAAGUUUUCCGGUUACAGCGACUACCAUGCCUCCCUUCUUAUAUCUACAAUGCACCAAUAUUAGUACUGGUCGAAGACAUCACCUACCAUCUCGGUAUAAUGAUAGUAUGGCUAUUUGUCUGUUUCAACGGACUCAUCGCUCUUUUAGUCUACAUUUAUUGGAAUACUGCAAAACUACUGAAGAAUCAUCGGAUGUCUCCUCAAACCUAUCAAAUUCAUAGAGUGUUUAUCACCGCAUUAGUAAUUCAACUGGUUAUCCCAUUUUGUACUAUUAUCGGCCCUGGUGUCGUCGUAUUAACUUCAAUUAUCACUGAUUACUAUAAUCAAGGAGUGACUAAUGUUAGUGUACUGUUUAUAAAUUUGCAUGGAUCAGUGACUACUAUAGCGAUGCUUAUUGUUCAUAAACCGUAUCGAUUGGCAAUUAAGGAAAUGUUCCGAAAAUUUUCAUUGCAAUCGACGGAAGUGUCUCGAAGGGAAAUGUAUGCUAACAACGUUGCGCGGAUGAUGCAGUCUACUACACAAUAA